CGCACACACCACGGUCUUUUCGGAAACUUGCCUGAGCUGUCGACAUGAAGGCGAAGGGAGAACUUAGGGAAUAUAAGGUUGUUGGGCGAAAAUUGCCCAGCGAGACCGAAAAAAAUCCUCCCCUGUUUCGUAUGAGGUUGUUCGCUCCUGACCACAUCGCCGCAAAGAGCAGAUUCUGGUACUAUCUUUCUUAUUAUAAGAAAAUUAAGAAGAAUGCUGGGGAAAUUUUACAAUGCUCAAAAAUGACGGAGAAAUCUCCAGGGCGAGUGAAAAAUUUUGGAAUAUGGCUGCGUUACGAUUCUAGAAGUGGUUCUCACAAUAUGUACAGGGAAUACAGAGAUGUCAAAGUGGCAAGUGCAGUCACCCAAUGUUACAGAGACAUGGGUGCUCGUCACAGAGCACGACCUGGUUCUAUCCAGAUCAUGAAAGUGGAGGAAGUUGCUGCUUCAAAGUGCAGAAGAACAAAUGUUAAGCAAUUUCAUGAUUCCAAGAUCCGGUUUCCAAUGCCUAGACGUGUGCUAAGCAAAUCACAGCAAAAUGCUCGUCGUUUCACCACAAGAAAACCUAUGUUGUUUUAAACUUUGCAACGUGGUGUUGGAAUAAAUUUGAAAGAGGAGUGGUCUA